AUUUGCUCACCAAUCCUCCCCCUUGAGUCAACACACACUUUGUGAAUCUAUUGUGUAUUAAUUGCAGAAGUUGAGAGUUGUUACUAUCACUAAAGCUGUGGCUGCUACUGAUGAUAUUGAUCGUAUGCAAGCCUUGAGUAAGCUAGUGAGAUUACAGAGACAUUGGAAGCAAGCCACUGUCUGAAAUGAGUGACAACCUUACUAAACAACUCUACUAUGCUAGUCGUGAUGGUCGUGACCAAGAAGUGCUUGAGCUGCUACAGAGAGGAGCUCCACCCAACAACAGUGACCACUACACUACAGUGCAGUAUGGAUACACUCCACUACACUCGGCAUGUGUUGGCAACUAUCUCCGCAGUGCAGAACUACUCAUCAAGUUUGGAGCCAUUGUAGCUGCUACAAAUAACGAUGGUUGGACCCCCUUACAUAAUGCAUGUCUCUACAACAGUGAGGCCAUUGCUAAGCUGUUACUGGAGCACCACCAUCCCACAGAUAUCAAGACCAGAGAUGGACAGACUGCUGCUGAUAUGGCCAGAUCGAGGCAGUACGGUGGCUUGGCUAACUAUGUGAAGAGGUUCCAGCCUGGACCUAGAGAUCCUCUGUCCUCGUACCCAACACUGGAACAGCUGAGUCAGUUGGAAUGUGACCAAUGGCUUCAACUUGGUGUUCGCUUCAGAUUGGAAAAUGACCAACUGGAAACCAUAAAGAAGAGCCAACAUCCCAUAGCAGCAACUCUCCAGGCAAUCAAAAUUAAGAAUAUUGACAUGCAGUGGAAGGAUAUUGUGGAAGCUCUAGUGAGCAUUGGAGAGUACAUGUUGGCAGAGAGUGUGUGCACUCAGCAAGGGGAAGGUGAGAGUGCUCUGUUAGUGAGUGCAUUCUAUGGCUGGCUGGACUGUGUCAAGCGUCUUGUGGAAACUGUGGGCCUCAAUCCAAAAGAGCCAGUCAACAAGGCUGGUGACACUCCACUCUCUCUGGCCUGUGCCAAUGGCCACUUGGACACAGUCAAGUAUCUUGUGAACCAGCAUCAUUGUGAUCCUAAAAGUACAGUCAACAAGGCUGGUGACACCCCACUCUCUCUGGCCUACAAAAGUGGACACUGGAAAGUGGUCAAGUAUCUCGCCAUCACUCAUCACUGUGAUACAAAAAUUGCAGUGAAUAAGGCUGGAGACACUCCUCUCUCCCUUAGGUGUUCCCGUGGUCACCUGGAUAUGGUCAAGGCUCUCAUCAACAAGCAUGUUGAUCCAAAUAUUGCAGUGAAUAAGGCUGGAGACACUCCUCUCUCCCUUGAGUGUUCCAGUGGUGACCUGGAGAUGGUCAAGGCUCUCAUCAACAAGCAUGUUGAUCCAAAUAAGCCAGUCAACAAGGCUGGUGACAGCCCACUCUCUCUGGCCUACAAAAGUGGACACUGGGAAGUGAUCAAGUAUCUCGCCAUCACUCAUCACUGUGAUACAAAAACAAGCCUCCAGUCUGGUUUAGUUCCUGAGUUGCUGUGCUAG